GAAAACUUAUGCCACCCUCACUUUCCUGGGGGCAGAAAUGGAAGUGGAGGUGAACAGCAAGCAGAAGGUAUAACUACAGAAUCUCCAGGAUGACCAUACAGUUCCGUGCAGUCUUCCCAUUAGCCUUGCCUGGAGUGUUGGCACUCAUUGGCUGGUGGUGGUUUUUCUCUCGAAAAAAAGAGCAUGUCAGCAGUCAUGACAGGCAGGCAGGGGCCACAGCCAAAGAUCUUAGGACAGACACCCCAGUUGAGGAAUCCCUCUUGAGGGAAGAAGUCUACUACACCAGAGUAGUGCCUUUACCAUCAGAUGGUUCACGGCCUUCAGAAAAAGAGAUAGUAACUAUGGGCAAAUCUUCCAUGGAACUUGUAACUAUACCAUCACAGCCACAUCUGGUUCCAAGAAAAUCAGAUUCUUCUACCACCUUGUCUGGCACCACAGACACAAAGCUCCGACUGAGCUCACGCAAGGAAGACAGUGGAAAAUUGGAAAAAGCAGCAUCUCAAGAGGAAACGAGGUCUAUUCCUAAAGAAUCUUCACUUCCACCCCUGAAGGAUGCUUUGUUCCCCCAUGAAGCAAUAGAACUACAAAAACAAGAUUCCCCGUUUAGUCAGAUAUCUGGGAAAGGCUGGCCAGGCCAUUUGGAGGUCCCUUCCGAGCAGCAUGGCCCUUUGGAGAAGGUAAAGGAGACAAGUGGAAUAGAAGGAACAGGUGAUGCAGCUAUGGGAGAGAGUGUAUCUGAAGAAGGUGACUUGUCCCAUGACCUUGGUUCUGAAUCUAAGACCAGAGUUCCCAGACAGGAUGCCAUGAUGGAAGAAGAAAAAAGGAAGGAAAAGGGGAGAUGUCAGGGAGUCAGGUCAGUGCAGAAAGAAGAGUGUCUGGGGAAAGUAUUGAAUAGCUUCAUAGAGUCAACUCAAGCAGAAUUGUCACAGGAAGAAGAGGCACUAGCUCAUCAGGUCAGAGGCAGCAGAUCUGGAGAAGGUUACCUAGAUGGGGACCACCUUGUAGGAGAACUGAAGAAAGGAAGCUCUCUAGAGAUCAGAGAGGAUUUUGAGCAGGCAGCCAUGCAAAUCAUUUCCAAAGUGAUCUUAGCAGCAAAGGAAGAAAUACUAGGGAAAACAGUGGGUGACCUUAAACAACACAACUGUGAACCUUCAGUGAGCUGGGUUGAAGGCCCAGUGGAGGAGGAGAGCUUUGCCCUAGCCAGCCAGAAACUUGUCUUGGAGCAGAACUCUUCAGAUCCCAGCAGGGCUGAGAUUGAAGCACCGAUGGCAGCAGGAGAGACAGUAGAACUGGACGUAGCCAGCCCCCCAUCUGGCCCCCAGAUGGAGGACCUGGCUCACAAGCAGAAGACCUAUGUGAGUUGUCUGAAGAACAGCCUCAUGUCCAGUGCUGCCCUUGAUGGCAAGCCAAAGAAUUCUGCCCAGCGGAUCUCCCUGGCAGCAUGCCCACCCCAAGCCAUCCACCACAGUGAGUCAUUUGAGGAGGCCAGCAUCAGGGUAGAGGAUGCCAGCUGUGUCACCUGCAUGUCAGAGGACAGCCAGAGGGCUCAGUCAGUGUCUUCUUCUGGUAACUGUUCAGAUUCUGCGGUCACUUCUGGGCUAGAAGAUUCUUCCUUGGAGCCCAACCUAAGCCCCAGCAACAAGCUGCUUACUCCUCCACUGCUGGAAAGGACUGUGUCCUAUAGCAAUGGAGUGCUGAAAGGGGAGUCCUCUGACCUGGGGACAGAAGAUAGAUGGACCACAGAGACAGAGGCUGAUCAGUCUGGAGGUUCAGAUGUGAACAGCAUGGAUUCUGUGGACAGUGGAUGUGGCCUUAGGAAGACAGAAAGUCAUCCGAGUUCCCAGGCAGGCACUGAGACCAACAAGGUUGAGCUCACAAUCUGGGAGAUAGAAGUGCCAAAGCAUUUGGUUGGCCGGCUAAUUGGCAAGCAGGGACGAUAUGUGAGUUUCUUGAAACAAACGUCUGGUGCCAAGAUCUACAUUUCAACACUACCUUAUACUCAGAACUUCCAGAUCUGCCAUAUAGAAGGGUCUCAGCAUCAUGUAGACAAAGCACUUAGUUUAAUUGGUAAGAAGUUUAAGGAGUUGAACCUGACCAAUAUAUAUGCUCCUCCACUUCCUUCGCUGACUCUACCUUCUCUCCCAAUGACCUCCUGGCUCAUGCUCCCUGAUGGUGUCACCGUGGAAGUGAUUGUGGUCAACCAGGUAAAUGCUGGGCACAUGUUUGUGCAGCAGCAUACACACCCCACCUUCCACGCUCUCCGUAGUUUGGACCAGCAGAUGUACCUCUGUUACUCUCAGCCAGGAAUUCCAACCUUACCUACACCAGUAGAAGUAGCUGUAAUCUGUGCUGCCCCUGGGGUGGAUGGGGCCUGGUGGCGUGCCCAAGUUGUUGCCUACUACAAAGAGAGUGAUGAAGUUGAGAUCCGUUAUGUGGACUACGGUGGAUACAAAAGAGUGAAAACUGAAAUUCUUCGACAAAUCAGAUCUGAUUUUGUCACACUGCCAUUCCAAGGAGCAGAAGUCUUAUUGGAUAAUGUGACGCCUCUGUCAGAUGAGGAUCAUUUUUCACCAGAAGCUGAUGCAGCUGUAAAUGAAAUGACCAGAGGUACACCACUGCUUGCUCAGGUUACCAAUUACAAUUCUACUGGCCUGCCUCUCAUACAGCUAUGGAGUAUGAUUGGGGAUGAGGCGGUGUCUAUAAACCGAACACUGGUGGAGAGAGGACUUGCUCAAUGGAUAGACAGUUACUACACAAGCCUUUGAUACCCCCCAGGCAACCACCUCCUUUUUUGCACUGUGUUAGAAUUGGACUUGGCACUCAUGGGAAAGACUUGUUUCACAUCAAAAUACAAAAUGUUGUCCUACCCCAGUAAUAGUCAUAUUUUUGGGCCAUUUUGUGGUCACUUUAAGGAAACAAUCUCAUCUCUAUGGAAAGCAGGGAUAUAGCUUUACAACUCCCUAAUGUGGUUUCAAACUUAAAAAAAAAAAAUUCAAAAACAUCCCACAAACUAGGGAAGGGUCUUAAUAAAAUCAAGAUACUUUCUUCUCCCCUUCUCCCCCCCAAAAGUUGUGGCUAUUCCUGUUUCAUGAGUACAAUAGCAUUUUAAGCUGAGCUAUAUUUCCUGCUCAAGAAAGUUUGUUUUACUUUUAAAAUCUGUUGUUCCUAAGCUCCCUGGUUUGUGGUGUCUAGUGUUGAUGUGUACAGCCUGCUUUUUUAAAAAGUAGACCUAUCGUCCACACCCUUCUCAAGGACUUCAUUUGUUGAUCAAUAGGAAACCAAACUUUGCAGAAGUUAGGUACAGGACAACAGCCACCGUUGUGGCCUCUGGAGAUUCCCCCCAGUGGGGCCAGGAAGGUGGGUAAAGGAGAGAACCCGUCAGACUGCCAAGCCUAAUUGUAAUUUGUAACCAUUUUCUAUUUGUGCAAAGUUUGUAAAUAUAUAAAGAAAAAAAAUCACUGUAAUAUUUUGUACAAGAAACACUGGAGAAGAAAGGGAACUAGGCUUUUUUUCUAUCCCCACCCCCCAAUAUCCUUGAUUAGGUAGACAUGGUUCACUGUGUAUAGUCUUUCUAGCUGUCAUUCCCAAAGCCUCUUGGCAAGAUGCUUUCCGCCCUACUAUGUACAGGAUGGCAUGAUCAGGAUUGCUGUAUCGUAUGGAUUGAGGAAUUCUUUGCUAUUCUGCUGUACAGAUCUGUAAAAAGUAACCAAAUGGAA